AUGGUCAUGGCGUCUCUCCAAUCGGACCAGCUCCUUCAGCUGAAGCAAAUCUUUGCUCGUUUCGACAUGGACGCCGACGGCAGCCUUACCCAUUUGGAGCUGGCGGCCCUUCUCCGAUCAUUGGGCCUAAAGCCCACCGGGGAUCAACUCCACGCCAUGCUCGCCAACAUCGAUGCCAAUGGUAAUGGCGCCAUUGAGUUCGAGGAGCUUGUUCAAGCUAUUCUCCCUGAUAUCAACGACCAGGUCCUCGUCAACCAGGACCAGCUCUUGGAGGUCUUCCGUUCCUUCGAUCGCGACGGUAACGGCUAUAUCACAGCGGCGGAACUCGCCGGAUCGAUGGCUAAGAUGGGUCAUCCUUUGACUUAUAGGGAGCUUACGGAGAUGAUGAGAGAGGCUGAUACUAAUAACGACGGCGUUUUGAGUUUUAAUGAAUUCGCUACCAUUAUGGCUAGAUCUGCUGCUGAUUUUCUUGGACUUUGAUCCAUCUAAUUGAUUAAUUGGGUAGAUCUAAUUUGCCUUUAAUUAUACAUAUAUGUAUGUAUGUGUUCGUGUAUAUGUAUGAUUAUUAUGCGAUGUAAGAUAUUUUUGAAUUUGUAAUAUCCAUGUUUGAUGAUGGGGUGGUGGGUGGACUAUAAAAAUGAAUUCAUCACUUGUAAUUUGAAUUAAUUAAUCUCACUCAUUAACUUUUCUCA